AUGUUCGCAGGGUUGCCAUCUGACAUACCCGGUAUCGACCCAAACAUUAUCUGCCACCGACUCCAUGUCAACCCUGCUAGCAAGCCCAUGGUGCAGAAGAGACGCAAUUUCACUCCCGAGCGGGUCGCGAUCAUUGAAGCUGAGAUUGACAAGCUUCUAACUGCCGGUUUCAUUGAAGAGGUCUCCUACUCAGAAUGGCUGGCCAACGUUGUUCUGGUGGUGAAACAAGAAAAUGGCAAAUGGAGAGUGCGUCGAUUACACCGACCUCAACAAAGCAUGCCCUAA